AUUUUUAGUGGUAUUAUUUGCUAGUCGACUAGCACUGGAGGUGGAGGUCGUUGGAAAAAGGUUUAUAAUGGGUAAUUUAUGCCAGGGGGUUCUAUUGGAGUAUAUGGAAGCAUACUGGAAAGUAUACGGAAAUCAAAACACCCACUUACAGUAACAGAGCUUGCGGCUGCACGGGCACAUCCGCGCCACCCCGGGAGUGCCAGCAGAUUGGGAAAGGUGGGCAGGAACUGCAGCGUUGCCAGUCGUCAGGCCCGAGAUAUUUUCAUGAAGUGUUACUGAGAAUGAAGCUAAAUUCCCACACACAUUAGCAGAAGAAGACCCUGAGAAGCCUCCUGUUGAGAACACAGGGAGAUACUUUGGCCGGAAUGGAUGCUUCUGUUAGCAUGCCUGCAAAGUUUGGUAGCCCUUCAACUGUGAAAGAAGACUAUUCGACUGCAUAGCCAAAAGUGAGUGUUGGAAGUAAACUCCAUCAAUGGCCCAACAUUCUCUUCACAUUGUACUGCUUUUACUGUUGAAAGUCUUGCUGACUGGAGCAGAAGAUGACGACAGUAAGCAAACACAGACCAAAUUUGAGUGCGUCUGUGAAGGAAGUUCAUGUGGCCGUCAGGAUCGCUGUUAUGGGCAUCUGUGUUUCUCAUCAGUGAUAUGGAAUGGAGAAAGUCAUGUCUUCCAGAAAGGUUGCUUUAUUCUGGAGCAGGGGGAAAUGACAUGCAAGACCCCUGCUUCUAUAAAUCAAGUGGUGAUAUGCUGUUCUGGAGAUCUCUGCAACUGGAAUCGAAGUGCAAUUCCACUUCCUCCGCCAGGGGAACGAAUAAAUUACAGUGUUAACACUCUGGUCAUCUUUGUCCUGAGUCCAGUUAUUGUGCUUCUUAUCCUGUCUGUGAUGGCUGUGGUGAUCUGCCGCAAGAUUCACCAGACCCGAAUGCAGCGAUUACAUGCACAUGAUGAUGAACAUGGUACCAUUGAUGGCCUGAUUGCAUCAAAUGUUGGAGAUAGUACACUUGCAGACUUAUUGGAUCACUCUUGCACAUCGGGAAGUGGCUCAGGUUUGCCCUUUUUAGUGCAGCGCACAGUUGCAAGACAAAUUACAUUAGUAGAAUGUGUAGGGAAAGGACGGUAUGGAGAAGUAUGGAGAGGCCAAUGGCAAGGAGAAAAUGUUGCUGUGAAAAUUUUUUCAUCAAGAGAUGAAAAAUCAUGGUUUAGGGAAACUGAAAUCUAUAAUACAGUGCUUCUUCGUCAUGAGAACAUAUUAGGUUUCAUUGCAUCUGAUAUGACUUCAAGGAAUUCCAGCACACAGCUCUGGCUAAUAACUCAUUAUCAUGAAAAUGGUUCACUGUAUGACUACUUGCAAAGAAAUACAGUAGACUCUUCUGGUUGCCUUAGCUUUGCAUUGUCGAUAGCCAGUGGACUUGUACAUUUGCACACUGAAAUAUUUGGAACUGAAGGGAAACCUGCAAUAGCUCAUCGGGAUCUGAAAAGUAAAAACAUUUUAGUUAAAAAAAAUUUUCACUGCUGCAUUGCUGACCUUGGUCUGGCAGUGAUGCACUCACAAACAAAUAACCAGUUAGAUGUGGGGAAUAAUCCUAAAGUUGGCACAAAACGUUAUAUGGCACCAGAGGUUCUUGAUGAAUCUAUUCAGAUUGACUGCUUCGAUGCCUACAAACGUGUUGACAUAUGGGCAUUUGGUCUGGUUUUAUGGGAAAUAGCUAGAAGAACUUUCAGUAAUGGUAUUGUAGAAGAAUACAAGCCUCCAUUUCAUGAUCUGGUUCCCAAUGAUCCUAGUUUUGAAGACAUGAGAAAAGUAGUCUGUGUAGAACAGCAAAGACCAAAUAUCCCUAAUAGAUGGUUUUCAGAUCCUACUUUGUCAGCUGUUGCUAAACUGAUGAAGGAAUGUUGGUACCAGAAUCCUUCAGCGAGGCUCACAGCAUUACGUAUCAAAAAGACUUUAGUAAAAAUCAACAAUUCACUUGAAAAAGUAAAAGCAGACUGCUGAUCACUGAGGGAAAGGUUUAUGCUGUCGACUAAUGCAAAGUUAUAGUACAUAACUGAAAUCUGCUGAGCUGGACACAUUAGCAGAUCCAGAAACACUAACUGUUCUGCCCACAGUGGGCAGGUACUACAGUGCUGGCAACAGAGGUUGCAAGCUGUUUAGUGGAGAAAGGGUUCUUUUUUCUAAAUUACUAAAGCACAUUAAUCCAUGAGUGAAGCCGUCAGCUGACCGGUGUUACAUUUUGUGGAUUUGCUUAAGGUUGCAUCACCUUGUCUGUUCUUGCAGUGAUUUAUUUCCUGUUAAGAUUUAUACUGUAUGCUAUCGGCCAGAUGAAGAUGAAUUCUGAUAAAUAUUUUGGAUCUCUGUAGGUCAUCAGUUCAACUUUAAGCCAUGAGGACUAUGCUGAACGUUUAAUACCAUUUUGCUACUUAUGCUAAUGACAGCGUCAAUAGAAUAUUAUAAAUUA